AGCUGCCCCAGAGGUUCAGGUGAACAGCUCACCAGGAAGGGAGUGGGAGCCGAGGUGCAGGGAGCGCAGGCCUCUCCUGAGACAGCUGCAGAGGCACAUUAUGCGCCCAGGGCCAUCCGGGGAUGAUGUAUGUGGGCUACCUUUUGGAGAAGGACACUAGCAUGUACCCUAACCCUGUCAGGCACCCCAGCCUGAACCUCAGCCCCCAGAACUACGUGCCUGCGCCCCCCCAGUAUUCGGAUUUCACCAGCUACCACUACCACCACGUGCCAGGGAUUAACAGCGACCCGCACCAUGGGCAGCCUGCGGGUGCUUGGGGCUCGCCAUACACCCCUGCCAAGGAGGACUGGCAUUCGUACGGGCCGCCCGCCGCGCCUUCCACCGCUAACCCAGGGCAGCUUGGAUUCAGCCCCUCGGAUUUUAAUCCGAUUCAGCCACCAGGCUCCGGACUCCUGCCUCCACCCAUCAGCAACUCAGUGCCCCAGCUCUCCCCCAAUGCGCAAAGGCGCACCCCUUAUGAGUGGAUGAGGCGCAACAUCCCCACCACCAGCAGCAGCGGCAAGACCCGAACAAAAGACAAGUACCGGGUGGUGUACACGGACCACCAGCGCCUGGAGCUGGAGAAGGAAUUCCACUACAGCCGCUACAUCACCAUCCGGCGGAAGGCGGAGCUAGCGGCCACGCUGGGCCUCACCGAACGGCAGGUGAAAAUCUGGUUCCAGAACCGGAGAGCCAAGGAGCGGAAGGUGAACAAGAAGAAGAUGCAGCAGCAGACGCAACCUACAAGCACCACCACUCCCACCCCGCCUGCCGUUGGUACCCCGGGCGCCAUGGGCGGCCUCUGCAGCAGCACCACUAACCUGAUCUCCUCAUCCCCAAUGGCAAUCAAGGAAGAAUUCCUGCCUUAAGGCCAGCGGGUAGGAGUACACAGACAUAGGUGCCCUGCAGCGGACCGGAACCAGCCGGGCAGCUCUGGAGACGGACCUUUCCUUCACAAAAACAUGACGUUGUAAUGGCUGAGCUGACGUAGCCACUUCCUCUCGGUCCAGCGGAAGGAUAAGCUGGCAUUUCUGAUGGAAGAUGACCCCUCUGUGGAAGAGUCAUGGACUCAGUUCUAUGUAUAAAAACAAUAGGUUAGUUACUGUUACUCUGUGGUAGGGAAGACACACUGAUCUGGCCUCAAAUAUUUAUAAUCAAAUGCAAGAGGGAGCAUUUGGGGGAAGGGAGAAGACAAUGAGGCCCAGGGAAUGGCAUCGGGUGCACCGCACCUGCCCUCUUUGGGGCAAUUCAAAGAAGACGGGACUAAGUACUAGACAUGUACUGCAGGGACCAAGCUUCUGCAUCCGUCUCCAGCCUCCCUCACACCUGUAGUUCUGGAGAGAAGGUGACAGGCCCUCUAUAGAGGCUCUCCUGAAGCCAGGGUAAGGGGCACACAGGAGGCAGGCCUGAAGAGGUUAGCCAGUCGGGGACACUCCGCUAGUGCCUGGAGGGAGAACAGAAGGGGGAAGGGGACAUGGGGACAAGCUAGGAAGGGUCUCUGGAGCAAGUGCAUUUUUCUAAGCCUGAGGCCUGAAAGUGGGUUGCGGAGUAACCGCCAUUCCAGGGAACGUGGCUGUUUUAAAUAGGGUGAAUUUGGUCCUUCUGUAAACAACAGGCUCUCUGCUGGGUUCUGUAAGCCCUGCACACACAAGUUCCACCAACACACUUUUGUCCUCAUCUGGGCACCACCUACUGCUAGUUUAGUCCCAGGCCCCCGCUGCACAGCUCCACCGAUCCUCUUUUUUCCAGUUCUGCAUUUCUCCUGAAACUGUGUUCAGGUGCGCAGUGGCUGAUUUGUAACCAAUGUCCAUAAAAAGCCAGGCUGAGACUGUCCUGCCACUUUCACCCAAAGGUGUCCUGUCCUGUCACACGUUGGGCCUCGGAUAAAACCCGGGAUGCUGUUUUCUGGGCAGGUCUCUUGGGCUGGUGCAGAAAUGGGUGUGUCUCAUAAAGAGCCAUUCCAACCUCUGUCUGAGUAGGACUGGACGAGAGCCGCUUUGUAUCUCCUCCAGCGUCACUCAAGCCCAUCGGUGGCUGUUGGUGAAUCCCAUGCCUUCCUGUCCCAGCCCCAUGGGGCCAAGGUAACACCCCAGUGGUAUUGCCAGAGCCUUCCAGCCCAGACAGCAAGAGAGCCAGUGGGGGAAGGAAACAGGUUUUGGUGAUGACACAGAGCAGCGGUUCCCAGUCGCUGGUCUGCAGACUGGUGCGGAUCCGUGAACCGCUAGCUGCCGGGCCAAGGCGGCUGCUAGAGCUCAAGCCGCAGCAGCUC